AUUCAGAAAUCGCAUCAAGAGGGCAAAGGUCACACAUGUGCAAUCGUGUGCUGCUAUUUUAGAAUUGGAGAGCGGAUUUCACUUUAUUUUGCCCCAUCAUGCGCCCUUUGACGGAAGAGGAAACCAGGACGUUGUUCGAAAAACUUUCAAAAUAUAUUGGUGAGAACAUCAAGCUUUUAAUUGACAGGUCAGAUGGGAUGUACUGCUUCAGAUAUCACCGAGACAGGGUGUUUUAUGUCAGUGAGGAUAUCAUGAAACGUGCUGCAAGUGUUGUCAGAGAUAACCUCAUCAGCCUCGGAACUUGCUUCGGUAAAUUCUCCAAGACCAAGAAGUUUAGGCUUCACAUAACGGCACUGGAUUAUUUAGCACCGUAUGCUAAGUGCAAGGUUUGGGUGAAACCUGGAGCAGAGCAGUCAUUUCUCUAUGGGAACCAUGUUCUGAAGUCGGGUCUAGGAAGGAUUACGGAGAACACCGAGAAGUACCAAGGGGUGGUUAUUUACUCCAUGAGUGACGUACCUCUGGGUUUUGGAGUCGCAGCGAAAUCAACUCAGGAAUGCAGACACACCGAUCCCAUGUCCAUCAUAGUCUUCCAUCAAGCCGAUAUAGGAGAAUACCUCAGGAACGAGGACACACUGUUAUAGGGGAAACACCCCGACUCCCUGUCCUGAGAAUGUUCUGAACUAAAGUGACUCUUUAUGAAGAGACAAUGAUGAGGGGAAAGUGAAAGGUGGUGUAAUACCAUAUGGACAGAAAAUGAAUCUACAGGAAACUCUGCUGUAGUGGAUCUUCUUGAACUGCAGAAAUCUUCCCGGGAUCAUAGAAAUCUGCUUGACUCAGUAGAAAUUCCAUAUAGAAGUGGUAUAUUACAUGUGUUUUGCAUUAUCUGGGGGGUGUUUCACGAAGAUUUAAGUUUGACUUAGAGACGCACUUAAAUACCGACUUGCGCACGGGUGAAAGGUUUGACCGCAUUGGUCAGAUUGUGUCAUGAGGAGGCGCACUACUGCAUAUCUAUCAAUAAGAUCGCGCGUUGCAUAUCAUGUACGCGUCAGCAUUUAAGUGCGACUUAAGUCAUACUUAAAUUUUUAUGAAACACCCCCCAGGUCUAAAAAAUUUAUUUGAAUUGGGCGAAUAUUCUGCUUAUGGAAGGAUGAAUAAUGCAAGUUUACCUGUAUAAUGUUGCGCAAUAAAGUGAACAACACGUCAUCCACAUUUAUGGAGAAUGAUCAAGUACUUGUUCAUGAAUUCAGAUAUGUUGUGCCGCACUCAACCCAGGUGAGAUGAAUGGUUACCCUGCAGGAUCAUUCCUUGAGUACUCAGUGCCGGAAACCUGAGGCUGGGUUAGUAGUUUUGGACUAGAAUAUUUUUCCAUAGAGGGCGCUAUGAAUGCCUAUCAAAGUCAUUGGUAAUAUUGUCGGAUAUCAUCUUGUAGACUUGCCCAGCAGAACCAGAAAUGCCCAAUUCUAAUAUUUGGUCUCAUGUAGUAGAACUGUCUGUACUAGGACACUUUGAAGUUAAAUAAUAUUUUAAUUCAUUUUAAUUUGUACCCAUCAUGCAUCACUUAAACACGUGGAAAUAUGCAUUGCCUUAGAUAAAGUUAAUAUUAUGGUAGCUGUCCGUAUUUAUCUAAGGUCAAGACAUAUACCAUGGUAAUAAACUCAGCAGUCAAUUCGGUGGAUUCACAAUACAGUGCGCCAUCUAUCGGUUGCAGCGGAGAGGCCGAAAAUCGCAAUGCACCAUGGGGAAAAGUUGCGCGUGCUAGUACUAAUUAUUCAGCGCUGGCCGACGCGGCUCGACCAGAUAUGCCGUUUACUAGGGUCCAGGAGGUGGGAGAGAAAUUUUACCGCAUAUUUCACUGCGAAAUUUUGACCGUUUUGGUGAAUUCCUGCCAUAUGGUUUUCAUUUUUGAAGCACUAGCACUGUGCACUGCCUGCGCCUGCACGCAAUGUCGACCCCAAAGUUAGAAAUUUGGCCUGUUCGCUGCAACCAAUAGAUUGUGCACCAUAUUGUGAAUCCACCGAAUUUAAAGCACAUUUUCCAUGGUAGAUUUGUUACAUACUGGUAAGCUGCUCGUGCAUUACACUGUACAAUUGACUUUACUUAUGACUGGUAACCCAUUCUUGUGCUUGAUAUGUCAUUAUGUAGCUGACUUAGCACCUAAGAAUAUGUUCCACCCCUAUUAGUUGAAGUCAAUACCGGUAGAUGCUGAUUCCUGUUCAUGGUAGAUGUCAAAGACAACAAUUGAUCAGGAUAAAAAAAUGGAGAAUUACAUCAUGCCAAUGUUCCCAGUCCAUCUUUAGAAAACUUCUUGAUUAUGUUGUUGCUUAAAAUUUGUUACAUGUUUGUAAUGUUGACGAUUUCUGCCAAGUAGUAUAAGGCCCUGUCACAUCGUUCUGUGCAUGCCUUGCCUGUGACUAUUUUUGCUUCCUGCAGGUCAGGUCACUCGGAUUGACAUCUCGUACAGUAGUUGCCUGCAGGAGCGUGCACAAGUCUGAUUUGCCCGCAGAAAGGUUUUGAAUAUGCUCAAAAUUUGUUGCGGAUGGGUUGUGGAUAAUGGCUCGCAACUCACCUGCAAGGCUUGCAGGGAACAAUGCGACAAGGCUUUUACAGUAGGUUGAAGAAAGUGAGGAUGAUGUUUAUGAAUUGCACUCUAAUGGGGCUCGAUGAUCAAUCGCAAAUCUAUUUUAGGUCCCCAAAUUGAUCAUAUGUUUUGCUAAUUAAUUGCUAAUUUGAAAUUGAUUGCUGAUAUGCUUCCUGCAGUAUGGAGUGUAAACUCAUUUGCUACCUGUAAAAUUGAUCUUUAAAUUGUAAAUUGCAACAGAUUUGUAAUUUAUUGCAAAUAUUUUCUUGCAACAGCCCUUUCUCUGUAAACUGUUCACAUGAUUUUGUCAUUUAUAUCAGCCAUCUUGUAGGGCUGCAAAAUUGUUUCAUUUCUAGCAAUUUCAUUCACACUUUCUCCAGUCUGCUUCCCUGGUUAUUCAGCUUUAUGUUGGAAGAUUUGUAAUUUCAUUAGGAAAUUGAAAUUCCCUUAAUAUUAGAUGUAAGAAAUAAUCUAAAAAGAACAGUACAUAUGUCACAAUAAAUUUAUGUAAAUUACAGACAGGUCUCAUCGUCUUCUCUCCAAGAAUGUGUUCCAUAAGGCUACGCUAUACAGAAAGACACACAUUCAGAUAGUGACUUUGUAGUUUCAUACCAGUUUAAAAUACUUGUAUGUAGAGCUUGUGCAUUUUGCAUUGAUUACGCUUAAUUAAGCACAUAGAGAAAGCAUCCAGUAACGAAUGCACACUUUUAUCACAGCGCACUAAAUUUGUGCUUGUUGCUGCUUGUAAGGUUACAGCAUUGAUGAGUCCACUGUUUGUUCUGAUUAAUUUACAUAAACUGUGGACUUAUUUAUUCAGCAAUCUAAGUAAAAAGGCAGCUGUGUGGAACAUUCAUGUUUGGACACUUUCUCAAUAUAUGCACUGAAUUAAGCCUAAUUGAGGAUAAAAAUCCACAAAAACUAUGGUUUGAAACAGAUGAUCAUAUAGAUUAUAUUUGAGCAUAAACCAAUGCAUAUAUGGAUCACAUUUAAAUUUCUAUUUUGAAAUGAAGUUUUCAUUAUUGGAAGUACAAGAUUAAUUUAAUAAAUAAAAUGACGAUAUGAA